GAAGUUCAAUGCCGAAAGAGAUAAGUGAAGUCAUGAGCAGCAGCAGGCUACCUAAAAGUCAUGUAAAUAUUUACAGCACCAGUUGAGCUGUUAUCUUUUCUAACUGACAGAAGAUAUUUAUUCUGCUACAGUUCAUGAAGACGAAGAAUUCAGAAGCAGACUGCAUGUAGCGACUGUGUGAUGUGCUCUUGGUGUUGCAUCGUGGAGAGAGAGGCUGGCAGAGACAGGCGUGUCCAAUUCUAAUGCGCCCAGCACGGAUGAGUUGGGGACUAUGCGGUGCCCAGAAGAGGAGGUUGGUGCUGGGUGUCAUUGUCCUGUUGCUUGUGGACGUAAUCUGGGUAGCUUCAUCCGAACUCACUGUAUAUGUGUUUGUGCAGCAGCAGUACAGCAAGCCCUUUUUCAGCACGUUUGUGAAGACCUCCAUGUUCAUACUGUACCUGCUGGGCUUCCUGUUCUGGAAACCGUGGAGACAGCAGUGUGCAGCCCAGCAGCAACGUGGCAUAUCUAUUUCUGAUGCUGAUUCACGUGUGACUGCUGGUGGCACUGAAAACAGCUUUAAUAAUUCCCUAAGUGAGCCUCUGUAUGUGCCGGUGAAGUUUCAGGAUGUUCCUGAUAACAGUGUCACUCGAGAGUCUAAGACACCGACGCGGAAGCAGCGUGUGAGGUUCAGUAAUAUGAUGGAAGUACGUGAACUUCCUCACUCUCAGGCUUUAGAAGCCAAACUGUCUCGCAUGUCUCAUGCUGCCACCUCACUCAGGCUUAUGGGAAAACUUAGUAUCAGUGCUGUGGCCAAAAUCAGCUUCUUCUUCUGUUUUGUGUGGUUCCUGGCUAAUCUGGCCUAUCAGGAGGCUCUGACAGACACACAGGUGGCUAUCGUAAACAUUGUGUCCUCCACCUCAGGCCUCUUCACUUUGAUCUUGGCCUCCAUAUUUCCCAGCAAUAGCAGUGAUCGCUUCACGCUUUCCAAACUGCUUGCUGUUAUUCUCAGCAUGGUGGGAGUGGCUGUGGUCAGUUUCUCUGGGAUGGACAGUUCUGGUGGAAAAGGCAGUAUUGGCUCUCUCUGGUCACUUCUGGGCGCCAUCCUAUACGCUGUCUACAUCGUUAUGCUAAAGAGAAAAGUUGAUCGAGAGGAGAAGCUUGAUAUCCCAAUGUUCUUCGGCUUUGUGGGCUUGUUUAGCCUGCUGCUGUUAUGGCCUGGCUUCGUGCUGCUGCACUACUCUGGGUUGGAGCUGUUCGAGAUGCCUAACCGGAUGGUAAUCAGCUACAUCCUCAUCAACGGCCUGAUUGGGACUGUGCUCUCUGAGUUCCUCUGGUUAUGGGGCUGUUUUCUCACUUCAUCUCUCAUUGGGACACUCGCUCUGAGUUUGACAAUUCCACUGUCCAUCCUGACUGAUAUAUGCUUGCAGAAGGCGAGUUUCUCCUGGUUAUUCUUUGCCGGAGCAGUUCCAGUUUUUCUCUCCUUCUUCCUGACUGCACUCCUGAGCCACUACAAUAACUGGGACCCGGCGAUGGUGGCGCUGCGGAGAGUUUUCUCCUUUAUCUGCCGCAAGCACAGGAUUAACAGAUUAGCAGAGGACAGUGAGCAGUGUGAGAGCCUCAUCCCUUUGCAGAGCUCUGCCCUCGAUAACAGAAGUUUUUGCUCUUGAUUCACAUUUUAAGAGAGAAAGGUAACCAAAGUAAAACCUCUUCAUACAGGAACAGAGAAGCAGCAAAUGACAAUCUGAAACCUGCCAUUGUGCCUCGUAUCACUUCUUCCUCCUCCUCACAUAUACUGAAGACCCUGUGAUUGACCAUUUUUAUCCUCAUUUUGUUGGCUGUGAUAUCUCAGGGCCAGAAACCACGCCCAGGCAAGCAGCCUUCAGCGGCCAUGAUGGAUGAUCCAGACACACUGACUGACUUUCCAAUCACAGUAUCACAAACCGAGCCCUUCGCAAGCAAAAUGGGAUUGUGAUCAGCAGAGUCUGAGAUCUUGCACCUGUUGUGUAUGUGUGUGUGUUCAUCAGUAUAUCACUAUAUGUCCAGUUUCUGUUAUUAAAUUAAUACAGGCUAUACACACUUCAUAAUUAUUGUUAAGCUGAUUGAUAUACAUGCAGAUUUGCUGGUUUCAAAUCACAAUUUUUCCAUGAAGUACAAAUAGCCUAUUAUCUUUUUAAUCUUUAUACUGUAGAUAGUGUCUAGAUGUCAAGGUCCUAGUAAAACCUGCAUGAUAUAUUUCGCCAUUGAAACAAGACACUAAAACCAUGUAACAUGGUAAUUAAUAUUUUGUGUUUAUGAAUUACUAUUACCAUGUAAACAGGUUUGUGUGUAUUUGGUAUGAAUUACCAAAUACAAUCCAAAUCCAAGUAAACACUAUUGAGCAUA